CACGGCAAUACCUGAAUGGAGCGUGCUGUGUAAAGGUCUGUUAAACGCACGGCGAUAACUAGAGACAAACUCGUCUCGUCCGACGAUUUGUAAGUGAUUUUUUCCUUAGACUGCGUUCGUGGGGCCGUUUUUCUUGGAAAUGCAGAACGAAUCGACUAUAAGAACCAAGUGGUAUUCCAUGCCGAAGCAAUUUGCUCUAUACUUCAUAUCAUCACCGCACAGCUCCUCAUCGUACUAAAUCAAUCCCACACUUCCACCACUUCUCCCCCGCCACCUCGUCGAUAACAUCAUGUCUCGCUACGCCGAUACCUUCGUCACGCCGAAUGGCCCUGGUGAUGCACGCCCCACUGCCCUACAAGUUCUCAAGGACGAAGGCGCCGAGGGCAAGUUGCAGGGCCAGGUCAUUGUUAUCACGGGUACCUCCUCUGGAAUCGGCAUUGAGACUGCCCGCGUCCUCGCCCUCACCGGCGCUACACUCUUUCUCACGGCGCGGGAUCUCACGAAAGCUAAGUCUGCCCUCGAGGGCGUCUUCGAUCCUUCCCGAAUGGAGCUCGUCGAAAUGGACCAGACAUCUUUCGCUUCCGUCCGCACCGCCGCCGCCGCCAUCCUUGCUAAGACGUCCAAGAUUCACGUGCUUGUGAACAACGCCGGCAUCAUGGGAACUCCCGACCUCGUCUUGACCGCCGACGGCCAUGAACUCCAGUUCGGCACGAAUCAUCUCUCACACUUCCUCUUCUAUAAGCUUCUCGAACCUGCUCUCCUCGCCGCCGCUUCCCCGAACCUACCCUCCCGCGUCGUUGUCCUCGCCUCCUCUAGCCAUAACGUGGCCGGCCUGAAUGAUACAGACGACUACAAUUUCCAGAAGACCAAGUACGACCCGUCGGUGUCCUAUGGCCAAUCCAAGACUGCCAAUAUUUACAUGGCCAACGAGAUCGAGCGCCGUUUUGGCUCCCGCCACCUUCACUCUACCAGUGUCCAUCCCGGCGUUAUUCAGACCGCGCUGACGCGAUCCAUGCCCCCUGACGCCUUCAAGGGGAUGGAACACAUCUACCCUACCAUGAAGAGUGUCGAACAGGGAGCCGCAAACACCGUAUAUGCGGCUGUCGGUAAAGAGUGGGAACAUGCCGGUGGCAAGUACCUUGUUGACCUCGUCGUGGCCAAGCCUUCUGCGGCGGGAGAUGACAAGAUCGUUGGUCCUGGAUACGCGACGUGGGCGUAUGACGAGGAGAAGGCGCAAAGACUGUGGAGGGAUUCGCUCAAGAUUGUCGGUCUGCCUGAUGAGCAGUAGGGAAUCUUCGGGGAGAUUUAUGUGCUGGAGAAAUAGACGAUAGACCAAAUGCCCGCUUGGAUCAGGGUCACUAUUGCUCUCAUUAGU